AUGCCGCUGACGCCGCUCAUCCUGUCGCCGGCACUUCCCUCAGAGCUGCUCACAUACAUCAUCCGACGCCAUGAGUACCCAACCACACUGAUCGUGUGCUCGACGCAAGCAGAAUUUCUAGAAUCCCUCCUGAGCGACGCACAGAAGAGCCUGCCAGCAGCGGGUGACGAUGGCCAAGCAUCACCUCUUUCGUCCCUACUUUCGUCCCCUCUCUACCAAGUUGCCAUUGUCCGCCAUAUACGAAUGAUCUUCGUGCCCACUGUCUCCCACCUGCGGGCCUGCCUCUCCGUCUUUGACACCAAGGACUCCAAGGUCCCUCCUCCUCCGCCGGCCACAAACCUGGGCCGAGCAAGGAUGCCGCCUCUCCUGCUGGUCUAUGGCUUCCUCGCCAUGCACCGCGACACGAGUGAGUGGAGCGCCCAGGGUAUAAGCAGCACGGCUGCAAACCUAGUAGAGACUGCGUGGAGGGCUGGCCUCCGGGCUGUUGUAGUCGAUCCACCGCAGUUUGUGAUGCAAAGCUCGGAAGAUGGCGGGGAGGCACGAGACGAAGAUGCCGAUGAUAGCCACCUGGGAACUGAGACAGAGCAAACGUCAUUGUCCGAGGAGGUCCCAGUCCUGAGCGCCAGUACUAGAAGGGCCGGCGCCCAUCUGGAUAAUGCUGACUGGACCGGCCGUACUGUAACCAUCGAGAGGGUCCUUGGCAGGUGGUUUCGGUACCGCAAAGGGGACUGGGCUCAGGAUGUGCAGGAGCAUACAUGA